GAUGUGUCAUACUGCAGUGUGCUCGGUACAUUCCGGAACUAUUGUGUCUGUAGUGAGUGUGUACUGUACUACACCUUGUUUUCAAGCAAAGGUGUUUCCGUAGAAAAAAAAUCAUGGCCCACAACAAAGAUCAAGUGACUGAAGCCUUUGAGUUGUUUGACAGUGAUGGUGAUGGCUAUCUACUGGUCAGUGAGGCAGCUUCAGCCAUACGAGCUCUGGGUCACAUCUUGACCGAUGCAGAUAUUAAAACAUUACUGCACAGAGUGGGCGUGGAUGCAGGCCGGGCAGGGCGUGUGGACAUGUCAAAGUUCCGCCAGAUGCACGGGUCACUGCCUGCACAGAACUACACCAGGCAGCUGGAGGAAGCUUUUAAAACUGUGGACAAGGAGGGCAGCGGCUACGUCAUGGCCUCGGAGCUCAAACAUUUGUUGACCAAUAUGGGGGACAGGCUGUCAGACGACGACUUCAACCUUCUGUUGGAGGAGCUCGAUAUUGACAGCAAUGGCAGGAUACAGUUCAAAGAGUUUGUCCGUUUGUUGGCAGUCCGAUGAAUGUGUCACCAUGUCACUUUGCUUAUACAGCUGUUUUUUUUUUCUUGUAAAUAAAAUGUGAUUAACUUAUAUUUGCUACAUGAAGACACUGUAAACCUUACAUGGCCACAUUCCAGCUCUUGCUAAAUGGUCCACACCUCCAAGUCUAAUGUAGCAAGGUUUGGUAAGGGAAGUAACUCAUAAAUAAACUUCAAGUAUAGUGUAGCAAGGUUUGGUAAGGGAAGUAACUCAUAAAUAAACUUCAAGUCUAGUGUAGCAAGGUUUGGAAAGGGAAGUAACUCAUAAAUAAACUUCAAGUCUAAUGUAGCAAGGUUUGGUAGGGGAAGCAACUCUUAAAUAAACUUCAAGUCUAGUGUAGGAAGGUUUGGUAAGGGAAGUAACUCAUUAAAAACCAACAUAUUUACUGUUAAAACAUAUCACAUUGAUGUAAACCAUUGAAUUUGAUGUACAUUUUGUUCUUACAGCUUGUAUCACUGUACUGUUUUAUAACUAGAUCUUACACUAGUUGUUAAAUACAUUUAUUCAGUGGAAA